CUUCAGCUUUCUAGAGAGAGAAAGGCAGCAAAGGAGCGAAGAGGAGAGAUAAAAGGGGGAAGCCGUUCCCGAGUUUCACGUGGAAACAUUCCGAUCUUCUCUCUCUAAAGUAACGCGAAGAAAGCCUUAAGGUGAGUCUUUUUUGCGGUCUCUGGAAAGUUCGAUCUAGGGCAUCAUCAUCGCUUCGAACAAAACCUGCAUUUUUUGACUGUUUGAUGCAGAGAAAUUGAGAGGAAGAUCUGUUGGGUUUUUGUCAAGGUGUAAUUGGGGCCGAUAAAUAUUUCUAUGGAAAAAUCCAAGAUGGAGCCGAGUGUACUUUUGCUCUCAGAUUUGGUGGUGCUGCCAGUAAGUGCAGCAUUUUCUGCAGUCCCAGAAGUUGCAGAUAAAGCAGCUGGUGGAAAGAAAGCCAUUGUUAUCACCCAGGCUUCUCUUCUUGGUGGAAAAUUGCCACUGGAAUCUGCCACACUGGAAAUAGUUUUGUCAGUGACUAGAACGGUUGAAUUUCAUAGUAACCAGUUGCUUGAAGAGAUUGCUCGGGUGCUAAAGCCUGGUGGCACACUAUACAUUCAGAUAUCUUUUGAUUUUGCUGGACAAUUGGAAGAGGUUCGUGGUGCUCUAGAACGUAAAUUACUCCUUGCUGGAUUUCUUGAAGCAAAAGUCCAGCAGAUGUCCUCACUGGAAGAUGCUCAAUCUUUUACGAUUAGAUCCCAAAAGCCUGAAUGGAAGAUCGGAACAUCAUUUUCCUUGAGGAAAACACCAAAGAGCUUCCCAAAAGUUCAAUUUGACGAUGAAUUUGAUCUCAUUGAUGAGGACAGCCUCCUUACAGAGGAGGAUCUAAAGAAACCUCAAGUGCCUAUUGUUAGUGAUUGUGAAGUUGGCAGCACACGAAAAGCCUGCAAAAAUUGCACUUGUGGAAGGGCGGAAGCCGAAGAGGGAGAGCAGAAGCUAGGACUCACAACAGACCAAUUGAUUAACCCUCAAUCUGCAUGUGGCAGUUGUGGGCUAGGUGAUGCAUUCCGCUGUGGCAGCUGCCCAUACAAGGGUCUACCCCCAUUCAAACUUGGAGAAAAGAUAUCUCUUUCUGGAAACUUCCUCGUUGCUGAUAUUUGAGACAAAAAGUAUUACCAAGUCUGGAAUGGAAUGAGUUUUCCCUUUGGAGAGUUCAUCUAUAUAUACAAGGCGCCCUUGAUUGCUGUAGUCAUGUAUUACAUUUGUUCUAGAAGGCAUUUGCAUAUGGGUUCAUCAUCUAACCCUUGAUAGGCAUCCAAAACCAAAUUGUUAGUUUCUCUCUCUCUCUCUGAAAGGCAUUGCAACGUUGGAAACUUACUUAUGUAUCAUUGAAUAUAAGACAUUUCUGUAGAAUUGUAGUCGGAAACUUCUUAUCAUUGAAUGUAAGACAUUUCUGUAGAAUUGUAGUCCCA